AACUCUUUAGAAAUGCGUCGUUAGGAAGAAAUGAUACCGGCUGUAGUUUUUGUCUUAAAUGCUUUAUUUCAAGAAACGUUAAUACGAAAAUACACCUCUCCGCCGGUUUAUGUCUGAUUUUGUUACUAAGCCCGUCAACUCAGCAUAAUGGAUAAACAGUAUUCUGUGAAAUUUUUCACUUCAUUUGUUGAAGCGAUGCAAAAGUUGUGUCGAGAAUAUUUGGAAUUUGAACAAGGCGUGGAGCUUAGUGGCUACUUGGCUGUUGAGAUUGAUAAUUUUAAGAAGGAAAGAUAUGUGCUGAGUGAAAUGUUACAAAGUAAUGGCAGUGUGAUCAGUGAAAGUUAUUGUACAAAAGCAUUUAAGACUCUUAGAAAAGAAAUCCCCAGAAACAGUGGUGCUCAUGGGAGUGAAAACAUUGCCCCGAGGGAUCACAUGACCAGAACAGGCAGAUCCCAUUCUGAGGAGGUGACCAUAGUAUUACGUGAGAGCCCAGAAACUGUUUUGCAUCGUCCAAGUUAUCCCAUUCAUACAACUACCCCACGAAAACAGAUGUCUAGUCAUAGCCAAAGGCAUGGUUUUCACGCCAACCAAAGGGCCCAGCUGUCUAAUCGACUGAGAGAGAAUUCCUCUGCGUCUGCUACCAACCCAUUUGAUUCAUCACAAACUCACAGCAAGGGGCAGCAGCGGGAAGAAGCUCAACCGUUACAAAUUAUGCCUCGUGCUCUGGAGGCAGAAAUGAAGGACUCUUCCUGGAAUGCAUCAUCUGAAUCCAACAGUCCUCAUGUUGGCUCACCUUCGUCAGUCACCCCACAAUCACCUGCAGCCAUUGGUCAAAAACGGGCAUAUCAAAAUACAGACAGCUCCAACUCACCAGCUCCUGUCAAAAAAGAUAGAGUUGAUGAGAGCUUACAGUCAUUGUUUGAUGCAGCACGAGAAAUAGCAGAAGUGUCUCAAGCCAAUAUAGACUCUAUUAAAAACAAUUAUCCAGGCACAUCGACAACCGCAUUAGCAUCCACAUCCACCACAGCUGCCAGUGCCUCAGCUACAGCAACCUCCAGCUCUACCUCUGUGUCUUUGGAUGAAAGUAUUCGCUUGCCACUGCCUGUAGAAGUUAAACAGGAGAAGGAAGAUGACAUUCCAUACAUGGUGAUAGAUAACCCCUCCGACACGGAGGUGAAGACAUUCCCCGGUGAAGCCAUGUUUGGUGGUGAUCAGAACAGUUCAGCAGUGUAUUCUGGUGACCAGUCUUCUAUGUCACAGAGUGUCUAUGGGGACUCUGUGCAUACAUCUGACUCACCAGGAGGUGCAUCGUGGGACAUGGGCCAACAAUGCGUUACCAGAUUUGUGCCCAUCGCACCUGCACCUGCACCACAUCCGGGCUUGAGAAGUAACGUGCUGCAAACACAUUACAUUUGCCCCAUCUGUCAGAGGCGUUACACUGAUCGAAAUAACCUGAGACGUCACCAUCGCUUUGUUCAUGAGCAGAUACGAAAAUACAUUUGUAAUGGGUGUGGUAUGAGGUUUCACCAGAAGGGACACCUACUCAGACACAAGAAAAGCAAACGAGAUACUUGUGGUUAUUGAAAUACGUGUUUGUGUGCAGAUUGGAGAAAUACAAAUAGAAUCUUACAUGGAUGUUGGACUGAGAGUCGCCUUUCUUUGGCAAUUGCAAUAGUUUUUUUAUUCUCGGAUUCUUCAAGAUUUUGUGUGAGUUGUAUAGAGUGCCUAAGAUUGGAUUGGAUUGGAUAACAUAUUAACAUCCAAUUAAGGUUCAAGCACGUCUCUCCCGGGCACAAUAUCUGACUUAGCCAGUGACUGGGUCCGGGACAGAAGUAUCUAAGAGGUUCUCAGUGAACCAAAUGGCCCGACCGUUGUAAUAAAUUACUUUCACUGACUGUGGGUUUACCUUUAGUUUGAUGCUCUUCAUUGUGCACUUAACACUGGAAUCAACAGAUGUGUAGCAGGUCUCUGGUCCGGUGUAAGUCACUAUCAGAGCCAUUGUAUAUAAUAUUAUUACAAACGGUGAAAUAGAGAAGAAAUGUUCUGCCCUGGCAAACACAACUGGCACCGAAGACCGGUUACAGAAGUCCUGAUGUCCCAGUUGUGUUUUUCUGUGCGUGGAUUUAAUUGUUUGUUUUUUAACUCCCAAUACACCAGGCUCCAUAUUCAGAAAGGUACUUAACUCAAUGUACGAUACCCUCACUGACAUUGACUUAAGUGUGUUUAUGAAUACGGAGCCAGGGGCCUAAUUGACAAAGCUCUCUUAGGCUCUGCUAGACAACAAAGCAUCCUCUCUGCAAGUCUUUUAGUGCUGCACUGCGAAAUUGUAAAGUUGCGAGAGUUCAGUGAAUUAGGCCCCUGUUCGACACAUUGUAGGUUUCAUGUGCCUGUAAAGGACAUUUGUACAUAUUGUUCUAGGUUAAUUUAAUCAUCUUUUACUUAUCAGGGUGGUGGUGGGGGUAUUUUUUCUUUGUACACCCACCCACCCUUUAUGCAUCUAUUUGUGAACAUUUGGCCAAUUUUAGUGCUUUGUUAUUUUAGAUGGUUUGUCUGCAACUGAAAGUUCUUAAUUGGUCUUUAAUAUUGCGAUAAUGCUGUUAUGAUUAAUUGUUUGUUUUAGAAUGUUUGUGUUGUACUACUGAUUGAUGUAGUUUUGUAACAUUUCGUAAUUUUUAGUAAUGUGAAAAGGUGAAGUGUAUGGGAAGUUUAUUUGAUACUUUGCACCAUGGCACAUCUACAUACAUAAGUAGCUACAUAAUAGCAGAGUUUUCAUCAAAGUUUCCGUACUCGCCAAACACCGUUUCCUUUGAUGUCGAGACUGCAGAUGUACACAGAUCGAUGUUUUCAUAGUGUGUGUGUGUGUGUGUGUGUGUGUGUGUGGUGGGGGGAUAUGCCUCUGGGGAAACCCAUACACACAUAAAAAUCCCCAAAACAAUUGUUGUACAACAUUGUGUAGAGUAAAAAACUAAACAUGCCAUCUAUUACACUUUUUACAAAACAUUAUCAGUAUAGUGGUUGAUGUUUGUUGUCAUGUACAGCGUUGUAAUAAAACAUUGCAGGUUUCUGUUUUUCUCCUAUCACAACAGGGCAUUUUAUACUGUGGUCUUACGUUAUUUCUACUCAAUGUUUACCCAGGGCACGCGCUGGAACAAAUUUUAGUUUAGCCAAUUUUCAGACAUGUACAGUAUUUCCUUUUAUUAGCCAAAGACAUUUAGUAGCCACUUUGUAUAAAACUUACAAUUGGCUAAUUUGGCACUGCACAGGGUGAGCCUUAUUUACCUCAUAGUUUGUAAAUCAGGGUUUCUGUCAGAGGGUAAAACGGGUAUGUCACCAUAUCCAAAUUUCUUUCCAGAUUUUAUUAUUUUAAGUUAACCUUUUGACAAAAUUAAUGACUUAUCAUUACUGUAUGAUUUUCUUAUCUCUAACCCUAAACCUAACCCAUUUUCUUUCUGGGGGAGGUCCCACAUACCUCCUGUUGACUGUGGUUGCAUUCAAUUCCAUCGCGCCAUACCCCAAAAUUUCUUUCUGGCAGAAACACUGUGUAUAUAUAUUUGUCUUUGACGUCUUUUAUCUGAUUCGUGUGUAAUUUAGGUGUUAAGUGUGAACUGUCCAACCAGAGGUGUGAUGAGUCAAAGACUUAAACCUCAUCAGUGUUUCAUUUAGAUUGAUUCCAGAACCAGCCACAACUCCACAACUAGCAUGUUAAAAAAUGUGUUAUGUGUUAUCCUGUAUGAGAACAAGCAUGUAAAAUAACUCAUGCUACUAUAUCACAGCAAAGGAUUUCACAUCAUAUUAAGAAACCAGGCAUCACAAUGUCAUACAGUAGGUGCAUAGGGGUUACGGGACAUUUCAUACCCGAUUUGUUUCAUCCCUGGACAUUUUGUACACACUACUAUUUUAUACUCUGGUCAUUUAAUUAGGACACAUUUUAUGUUGAAUUGUACAUGUAUAUUGUUUGGUCUUUGUUAGUUGUUUGUUUGGGGGAUUUUAACUAGAUUUUUGUUUUUCAAGGUUCAAAUAUGCUUACUGUAGACAGUAAUAGUUACAAAAACAGACCAAAACACUUUAAUAUGUUUUUUUAUCCCCUAGUGACUUACACGCUGGUACACACUUUAUAAUGAAUUAUCUGUGCGACAUGGGUUGUUGUGAGAUGACAUUUGAUCAAUCCAUAUACAUAUGUAUUAUUUAAAUGACGAGUAUGACUUAAUGUCGUGUAACUAAAGAGUAAUAUACAACUCAAACAAUUAUGUUUAUAAUAUUUUUUAUUGAGAUUAACAAAUACUGUAUUAAAGAUUAAACUAUUUUAGAAAAGAUUGUUAAAGAAUACAUUAAAUAAGAAAUAUAAAAGUGUCCUAAAUGACCAGGGGACAAAAGCUCUAAGGUAUAAAAUGGUAAUGUGUACGGAAUGUCUAGGGACAUAACAAAUCGGCUACGAAAGGUCCUAUAACCAUGCACAGGAGCCACUAGUUAGAAAAUGUGCUGAAAUGUUAUAGAAAGCUAAGAAACAAUUUUUUCUAGACUUACUUUGUGAAUGAUAAAAAUGCAUCUGUAACCUCAGCUACUGAUUUGCAGGAAUAAAAGUAUUUGAAGCUUU